UUAUAUUUUUGAGAAAACAAAAGGCUGGAUUACACAAACAAAGGAAGAUUGGCAUAAAACAGGUGACAAGUAGUCAAUCUUUUCACUUAUUUUACUCCAUGUCCUCCCAUUCUUGCUGAAAAUAGUGCCACUGAUUAAUUUACGUUUGUAAAUGCUUCAGGAGUAAGAGAUCUGAAGAGUCCGGGUCGAUUACCAACAGAAAAAGUAUUGAAGUAGUCGUCCAUAAAACUAAGCUUCCCACAGAUACGAUCUACGCGCGUACUCCGCGAUGAGACACAGCCCCCUCCUCCUUCCUCAUCAAGGCGGAGUUUACGCCAAGCUCAGCACGCCGGUGCCGAGAAUGGUCAUUCUUUCUGAAUAUGGCUAUAAGGUAUUUACGGACGGCUUGUAAUCCUCUCAACAGUUUUUUACUAUUGACCUCAAAAUCCGGUGUUGGAGGGUCUGUAUCGCUCUUUAGCACUGCCGUCCAUCAGAAAAAUACUGGAGAAGAUUCUGUCACGGAAGACUCCCAGGAAGACCCUCAUACUGGUACUAUAAGAGCACUUGAACAGAGAGCAAAUAAACUAGAAGAGCAAGUUCGAGAUUUAUCGGAAAGGUGCAGAUUAGCAGUAGCAGACUCGGAAAAUGUCCGAAAGAAAACACAGAAAUUUGUGGAAGAUGCCAAGCUGUUUGGUAUGUAAAAAAUUGUUUUAACUGAAUUUUCAAUGAUUGAUUGUGUACAGCGAAGCUUUUCCCUAGAUUUCAAUUGUAUUUAUCAUAGAAAAGUUAAACUUAUUUUUUCUGUUACGUGAUCUUUCCCUCCAAGACUUUGUAAGUAUUCUCCAGCCAGUAAGCGUAAAGGUCAUGUCUAAAGGUGCAAAACAACAUUUGGUAUUUGUAUUAAAAAAAAAAAAAAAAAAAAAAAAAAGUUUUGUUUCGCACCCUGUUUUUUUAAAAUAUUACUUUCGAACAUGGGAGGCUAAAUGUAGUAAGCCGUGUUUAUGGCAUUAAUAUUCACAGGAGGGCAGGGAGCGGUUAUGUCAUUCCGGUUUCCAGCUCUACUACUGCUGGAUUAGAUUAGAUGGGUGAUUAUAAAUUGGUGAUGUUAAAACAGUUGUAUACCAUUAGUUUGGCAGAAAACUAAAAGUGGUGUAGAAUUGUUUAUCAGUUUGGCAAGUACAUCACUAAUUUACAAUUACUUACACUAAUCUAGCAGUACUAAUAUUGAACCCGGAAUGAUUUAACCACUCCCUGCCCUCCUAUGAAUAUUAAUGCCAUAAAAAUGGCUUACUACAUUUAAUUUUCUGCUUUCUGAAGAAAUGUUUGAACCUUAAUUUUAAAGGCUUCAAAAUACACUUUUCACACACACUGUUUACAAGCAUUUGUUUGACAAGAAAAAAGCACGUUUUCCACUUUUAAACAGAUUUAACGUAACCAGCAAAUGUUCAUAAGUAAAAAGUUAACACUGAUGUUGAAUUUUGGCAGCUAUCUUCUCAGUAAUUGGCAUUCAAAGCUCGUAAAAUGCAUGGUGUCAUUGAGUUUUAAAAUAUUUCAUGCCAACGUUUUC